AUGAAAUUAAUUGGUACAUUCUUCAACUUGUUUUUCCUAGCCGGGGCAUGUCUUUUGCUCAUUUUUAUCGUAUUGUCCGGCUCAUCAAGACAUUUCCCAUUGAACAAGUUCUAUUGGUUAGAAGCAGACACUACCAACAUCUCCAAUUCACCAGCAAACACAUCAGCUUGGACUUUCUGGGGUGUAUGCGACAAGAAUGACUACUCCAAAUGUCUUACUGGUCCUGCUUACCCUCUUUCCCCCGAGGACAACUUUGACACCACAACAAACAUUCCUCAAGAUUUCUUAGACAACCAAUCCACUUACUACUACUUGAGCAGAUUUGCAUUUGCCUUUUGUUUAAUUGCAUUGGGCUUUAGUGGAUUGGCAUUCAUCAUUGACAUUUUGGGCUUUUGUUUCACAAUUAUUGACAAGGUUGUCAUGUUUCUUGUUACUGCUGCCUUAUUUUUCGCUGCUGCUUUUGCCUCAUUUCAAACUGCAGUCACUGUAUUGGCCAAGAAUGCAUUCUCAGAUGCUGGAAGACACGCCACUGUUGGUGCCAAGUCGAUGGGUAUCAUGUGGGCGGCCUUUGUUUGCUUAUUGAUUUGCUGGGGAUUGACUUUUGCCGCUAUUAUCAGCAACAGUUACAGGAAACAUAUGGAGAGAGUCAACCAAAACAAACAAGAAAAGGAACAAGGAUACGGUUAUAACGAUGAUGCUGCUGGUGCUCAUGGCCAACAAGGAUAUCCAAAGGGUGUUGCUGCUUCUCGUGACGAUUCUUCUUUUACUAGAGCCCACGUUAGAGAUGAAGAUGAAGAAGCAAACAAUGGCGGAAUCAGAUUCUUUAAGAUAAAGAGAAACCAAAAGGUCGUUGAAGAUGAGUCUGCUUAA